AUGAAUAAGUCAAAGACAACGUCACAAUUAAUUAAAGAUAGACAACUAACUAUAGAAGAGAAGAAACUAAAGAAGAAGAAUUUAACAAAUUUAAAAGAUAUUGAAUCAGUUUUGAAUAAUCUUGAAUUAAAUGAACUGGAGUCAAGCGCAAGGGUAUGUAAUUGUAUGGCUAGAAGACAUCCUUUGUUUGAAAUAGCUCCAAAUUGUUUAAAUUGUGGUAAAAUAAUAUGUUCAAAAGAAGGUUUACAACCAUGUUCAUUUUGUGGCUCAAAUAUGAUUUCAAAUAAUGAUAAACAAGAUAUUAUAAAACUACUUCAACACGAAAAAUCAGAAAUACUUAAUAAACCACAAAUUAUAUCUCAUCAACCGACAGCGAAAAAGAAACAAAAACAAAUUGUGGUGAAAAUGAAUCCGGGUGAAAAAUUCUGGGAAGCUCAAGAUAGGGCAUUUAAACUCGCUGAAUCAGAGAAGCAGAAACAACGACAACAACAACAAGAGAAAGAGGAAGAAGAACCAGUAGUUGUAUUAAAGAAAGAUGUAGAAUCAGAUUCUGAUCUAGUUAGAGCUCAAGAGAAUCUAAAUACCCUUUUACAUUAUCAAGAAACAGGAGAAGAACGUACUAAAAUAAUAGAUAAUGCUUCUGAUUUUGAAUUUCCAAGUCAACUGAUUUGGUUAUCCCCCGAGGAAAGAGCAUUAAAUUUAAAAAAACAACAAAGAUUAAAUAGAGAACUUGGACUCGAAAAAGAAAGGCUGAAAAGGGGUGAAAGAAUAGUUGAAAUGUCAAUUACAAAAGAUGGUAAAGUUAAAAUGAUUGAAAAAUAUAUUGCACUAAAAGAAGAAAAAUCAAGAGAUGAAAUAAAUCUAGAAAAUGAAAUUAAGAAAUCAAAGCAGGCUCAACAGAAUACUAAUAAUUUAGUUUGGGAUUAUGAAAAAGAUGCAAAACGAUGGGAAAAACCAAUUUAUUUCACUACUGAAGAUAGAAAGGAACCUAAACAAGAUUCAUCUGUAUUAGAGGUUAAAAAUAGAGUUCAAAUUGCCAAAAAUGAUGAUUUUGAUUUAAUAGCUACUUUAAUAAAUUAA